GCAAUUCUAACCUCGUGCUGAGUAGCAGCCAUUGAAGAGUGCACAAGUUGGAGAGAAAGAAAGAGUAACCAACCAUUUAACUCAAGGAUUCAAUGUCUGCACUUCGCAUCGUAAGCAAAAUUCUCCAUUCGGUAAACCAUAAGUGCAAUUACCAGUUCCGAACAAUCUCCUCCACGGCACCGUUGCAAGGUUCAUGGAUGGAGAAGGUCAAAAAUGUCAUGACGGGCCAAAAGAGCACCACCCAGUCCCAGGGAGACGCCUCCGAUUCAUUCACUUUGCUCCGUUUUGCGGAUGAAAUGAAGAAUGCGAGAAGAAUAGGGGCGUUUAAGGAUUACAUGGUUGGACGAAGCAGCGAAGUCACUUUUACCACCGCCUUUGAGAGAUACGAAGCCAUAAUUCGAUAUCUCGGGGCUUUGGAUCCCACUGGAGAGAAUCUCCAGACUGCUCAAAAACAAGAAGCGGCAAAACAUUGUAACUGCACGAUUGCUGAUGUUGAGAAUGCACUUGCAAAGUUUACUUGGGCCAAAGAAGCACAAAAGAAGAUAGAGAAGUUACAAGAAGAAGGAAAACCAAUGCCGAAAAGCUUUGAUGAAGUCCAAAAGCUGGUUGGUUCAACUCCAUUGGAUCUUGCAAGGUCUAAUUUAGCCCAAGCUGGACAAGUUAGCAGGAAUGCAUUCUGUCCAUGUGGUUCGAAGAAGAGAUAUAAAAGGUGCUGCGGAAAGGAUUGAAGGAAUUCUGAGGUUAAAUGCUAAACUGCAAGGAAGCCUGAUCUGUUAUAGAGAUCAACACACAUGCCUGAAUUUAUCUGCAGUAAUACCCUGUUUUAUUCAGUUCAGAUAUGACUGCCCAAUGCAGUAGACUCUAAGCAUGCCCACAGUAAGCUGAUUUUAGGAAGAGAGAUUUUGCUGAAAAAUUGCGUGAUUUUAUUUAGCUUUCUGAUUUUUGAGGUGGUCAUAGGCAGAACCAAACAGAAUAUUUUUGUUCAGUUGAAGAGUAGUUAGUUUUUCUUUUUGCAGAACAAAUAGUUAGUUCUCUUCUUUACGUUGCUACUGCCUAAACAGGCAAGAGAAUAAGAAAAUAUCUGUACUCAUGUUUCAAAAAUCAAAAUGCUUCAAUUUUUUUUUUUUUUACUGAUAUAUAUAAUCAUUUUAAUACA